AAACGCCGGCAACAGAAACACCCACCCCUUCCCCUUCGCCGGCGACAGACCCUCACCUUCCUUGACGACGAUGGCGUCCCUGAACCAGAUCUACGUGUGGCUGCAGACGCGUGGCAAGGACGGCCACUUCGUCUCCAUGGGCGGCGCACCGCGGCGUCAAAACGCCAACCGCGCUCCAGCCUCGACCCCAACAGGUGGCGACGGCGCUACUCCACCACUACGCCACAGCGCCCGCCUCGCCGCUCGCCCAUCCUCCCCAACAAGUGGCAGUGACACCACGAAGAAGACGGAGGUGGGGACGGCGCCCCUCCUCCUCGCUAAGAAGAAGGCCGGCGGUGCUUCCUCCUCCUCCACGAGCGGUGGCGCCGGUGCCAAGCGGCUCAAGAUGAAGGCCGGCGGUGCUUCCCUUCUCCCCUACCCGCCGGCAUUCGAUGUUGCGGCCCUACGGCGCCAAGCGGCAGAAGCUGGAGGCCCGCGGCGUUGUUCCCCUCUUCUCCCCUACCAGCCGCGCUUCACCAUCAUCGACCUGCCAGCAGCCCCUGAGCAGGAGGAGGAGGAGACGAAGCCCAACGUGACCUGCCUUCAGCCCCUGAGCAAGAAGGAGUGGAGGGUGAACAAGGGGAAGGAGGUCCCAAUUGACAGGAUGAGCUUCUGGAAAUUGCACAACAAUCUGGCAGCAUCACAGAAGAGAGAGGAGGAACUUGAAGAAGAGCUUGCCAAAGAGACGGAAAAGCGGAAGGCACUUAAGCUUGCACUUGAGCGUGCAGCCGCCAGGGCAGCACCAAGAAUUUAGGGAGUGCACUUGAAACUUUUGGUUUGGGGGGAGUUGACAGUUGACAGGGCACACAAAUUUUGUCCAUGUCUGUGUGCCCACUUAGGAACUUAUGUAUAUAUAUGUGUUACGUCAUCAGUGAACUUAUGUAUCUAUGUGGAUCUGAACCUAUGGAUCUGCCACCUUGGCUGAAUGAACCUAUGUUCUGAACCUAUGUGUGAUGUGUAUAUAUAUGUGUGAUGUAUUAUAUGUGUGGAUCUGCCUUAGCUUUCUGAAUGUUUUCAUAUGACUGAAUGAUGUUAUCUGAAUGUUUAUAUAUAUGUUAUCUGAAUGUGUUAUA